AUGGACCUCUCCGCGGUGGCCCGGCAGAAGGCUAGGGGCGGACGCGCGGAGCCGGCGAGCCCUAGCGCCACGGCGUCGAUGGAGGCGGACGACCACGACUCGGAAGGCAGCGACGACGACCAACCGGAUCCCGAGAGCGCGAAGCAGUACGUCAAGCAGUUCGUCAAGAACUCGCUGGACGGGGUGCGGGGCGGGCGGCGAGCGCAGUACUACGAGGUCCUCGAGGCGUUGGACGGCCUCGCGUCCGCGACGCCCUCCGGGGACCCGGACAAGCUGCUCAUGCUGGAGGUGCUCGGCGAGAACGUGUCGUCGCUCGACGAGCGGCUACACGAGGAACUGCUGCGGCGCGUCAUGGGCACCUCGCUCUGGCUCUGCCACGAGGACAUCGCGAGGCUCGUCGUGCAGUUCUGCGUCAACCUGAUGAGCACUCACACCGGCUCGAUGCUCGCGACGUGCCUCGACAUGCUCGUCGAGGCGUUCCUGCCCCCGAGGGGCUACCCCGAAGGACGGUUGGAGGAUGAGCUGGACGCGUACAUGAGGACGGGGCAGUCGCCGUCUCCGGGCGCGGACGCGUCGCGGGGCGACGGGGAGGACAUGGACGACGACGAAUCGGAUCCUAAGGGACCGCCGCCUCGGUCCGCGGCGGAGACCACCGCCAUGAUCGUCGGCGCCAUCACCCAGAUCCUCACCCUGGUGCCCCUGUCCGCCACCGUGCUCGGCGGCAUCUUACUUCAAAGGAUCCCGCACAAGACAGCCGUCAAGGCUCGGCAGUGCCAGUACCUCCGAGCCGCGUUCGCCUUGGUGGAGACGCCCGCGGGACGGCCCUUACGCGACGGCCUGCUGCGGGGCGUGGUGAGACACCUGCUGGACGUGGACGUGGAGAUCAGAUGGCAGGAUAUCGCCCCCGACGGCGACCUCUCCGACGAUGACGAGACCGAGGUUGAGGACGAGGAGGACGACGGGAAGGAGAACGGCGCGGGGGGCAUAUUCGAGCUCGAGGACAUCGAGAAGACCAUCGAGCAGGAGCUGGUGCGACAGGCGGCGGCGUGGGAGCGCGGCGAGUCCGGCGCGGGCGGGGCGAGGCAGGGAUCGAUUCGAUCGCCGAUGCACCACGGCGGCGGCCGCGACGAGAUCGAGGAGCAGAUCGACAUGAUCGACUCGAUGAUGACGCUCGUGCUGGCGCACAUCGACAGGCGGAUAGACUCCGGCGACGCCGCGGCGUUGAACGAGUGCCUGCUGAAGGUGUUCGUGUCUACCCUGCUCCCCGCGCACGAGUCAAAGUUUACGCAGUUUUUGGUGUUUCACGCGUGCGCCCGGGAAGCGGCGGCGAAGGCGACAUCUCCCGGCGCCUCUCUCGGCGCCAACGGCGGGCCCCACGUCGCGAACGCACUGACGGGUGAAUUCGACGGGACCGCGCAAAUGUUGAGCGCGCGGAUCGUGGACCAGCUCAUCGGGCGCGUCACCGACCCGAUCGCUCGCCCGGCUCCGAGGCUCGCGUCGGCGGCGUACUUGGCCAGCUUUUUGGCCCGCGCCGCGUGGCUGCGCCCUCCGUUCCUCGCGGCGACGCUGAGGCGGCUGGCGCACUGGUGCUGGGCCACGGUGGAGAGCGCGACGAGCGGCGCGGGGGUGACGAGCGUGGCGAGGGUGAAGAGCGAGGGACUCUCGCGCGGGUUUGGUUCGUCGUUUCAGAUAAACGAAAAUGGCGAAAACGGCGACACAGCUGGCGGCGACAACAACACCAACACCAACAACAACACCAACAACAACAACAACAGCAACGAGGCGACGGGCACGGAGCAGGUGGAGUUCGCGAACGCGUCGGCCGCGACGCUCGCGGUGUUUGACAGCGCGUGUCAGACGCUCAUGUACGUCCUCUGCUAUCGCAUGGACGACAUAACGCGGCACGGUGGCGAACCCGCGGAGACUCUUCGGUCCAUGCCGCUCCGACAGAUCCUCUACUCUCGCCUCCAGCCCCUCCACACCUGCGUCUCCGAGGUGGUCAUCGAGUUUUUGGUUCGCGCCGCCGCGGCGGGGAUGGAGGGGUUCGAUCAGGCGCUCAUCGAGCGUCACAAGCGCGAGGACAAGGAGCGCAAGGACCGCGCGGAUGGGGGCGGCGCGGGGGGAGGCGGAAGUUUCACCGUCGAGGACGUCGCCGCGCAAGCCGUCGGCGAGGGGGGGUCGCGCGCCGGAUCGCACAACGGCGCGGCCGGCAUACGUCGCACGCAGUCGGUGGCGACGCUCGGGAGGGAGGUGGCGGAGGCUGUGAGACACCGUCGGCCGCUACGGAUGUUCUUCCCGUUUGACCCGUACCUGCUGAGACGGUCCUCGGCGCUCCUCCGGCUGCCGCAGAGUUACGUCACGUGGCGGGGCAACGCCCGCGACGACGACGACGACGGGUUCAGCGACGACGACGACGACGACGACGACGUCGCCACCCUGGACUCCGAGCUCGGGUCCGAGGACGUGGGCGAGAGUUCGUCGGAUGACGACACCGACCCGGGGGGCGCCGGCCGAAGGGACUCGCUGAGCUCCAGGGGCGCGAAACCCGGAAGCGGUGGGUCCCUGCCAAACUCGCUGGGCUACCCGAACUCGUUGAACCCGAGGCCGAGGAAGCUCACGCGCGGGCUCAGGGGUCCGCAGCCCCUCUUCGGAGGGGUCGGCAGCGUCGGCGGCGUCGGCUCCCCGUCGCCCACGAACGGCAAGGGUUCGACCCCGCCGGGCGCUAACCCCUUCGCCAGGGCGAGCGUCGGCGCGGGCACCUCCCCGGACGCGGUAGUGACGGGUUUCGGCGUGCCCACCGGGGUUGAAACGACGCACGCACGGGCGUGGGCGGCGGCGGCGGGGGUGCCCACGGGGGUGCCCACCGGGGUCGGGUUCGGACGGGGCGGUAGCGUGAGCCCGACGAGGAAGUCGCCGUCGCCGCUCGGCACGUCGCCGCUUCCCCCGCGACCCCCUCGGCCCUCUUGA